AUGCCGGGCACAUGCAACACCGCCCCCAGGGCGCCGUCAAGCCCGAGAAUUAGGCAGAGCGAAAGGAUCGUAUCGAGCACGAGAAGCAGGAGCUCAUUCGCGAGUUUAAGAAGAAGACCAGGGAGGCUGCGUUGGUCAGGUUUAGGCAAAAGCGCAGAGAGCGCAGGUUUGGAAAACUUAUUCGCUACGACUGCCGCAAGAAGCUCGCCGAUGCACGGCCCCGCGUGA